AUGCAUGGAGUCUUGGUUUCGGUGGUGGUGAAUCGUGAUCUGGCCUUGCCGGAGAUUUGUAGAUUGAACCGGACAGGAACAAAGAGACGCCGAGCAAAGCCUAAAAGCGGAAAUGAGAAUAUAAUUGAGGAGAGCAAUGUUACCACCAAUAUUGGUCAUGAUGCCAUUGGCUGCAAGAGACCAAAAAGAGAAGUUGCCCGUUCGAAUUUCAGUGAGAAGGCAUUUGAAUUAUCUGAAGAAGAUUCACUUGUCACACCCAAGAAAAUCAGAAUUGAGGAGGAAACGGAGGCAGUUAUGUUGACAAGAACAGGAAUCAAUUAUGUACUGCACGCACAUAUGUUCAAUCAAUAGCUUGU